CACUUACCGACAAAACUGCCCUGAUGCACUCCAAUACAAUGAACUCAGACGGCGAUAAUUGUUGCCACAAUUUGAAUAUAACGACAGUACAUAAGAGGUCACUCUCAGUUACUGUGUGUUGAUCACCACUCAAGAAAUAUAUGAAAAGCUACCUCAUAGUCACCAAUGCAUAAUAAUGAAGAACAGCUCUUGGAGUCCUUGAGCUCUAAGAUCCGCCAGGAUCUCUGUUUUCUUUUUGCAAUCAGGAAAUUUCAGGUUUGUUGCUGAUUAAAAAAACUCCGGAGGCAGUUGAUGAUGACAGAGUUUCUUUCAGCAAUGAUGGCAGCUGAAGAGAUUUACUCUAUAGUUCCAGGGGAAUUGGAGAACUGUCAGGAAAAAUAUUCAAUUUCUGCUUUUGCUGAACACCUGGAGACUAAGCUAUGUUGGUCAAUGUGGGGACGGAAGCAUCAUAUGUUUCGAUGGAUCUUUUGGAGCCCGGAGCAGGAAGAAUUGGAAGGCCCUCAAACGAUUUCAUCCACUUGUUAUCCAAAGAGUAUCCCUUCUACUCUGACUAAUCAUGGGACAUUUAUCAAAGAGAAGAUCAAAUGUUCGCUUCAACGAAUAAUUGAAUGCUACAUCGACUAUUGUCUCGUGCAAUUUUGGGCGCCUAAAACUGCUGGUGGCCGAUGUUUCCUAACAACUUCAGGCCAACCUUUUGCUGUUGAUUGGCUUUGUAAAGGGUUCUGUUGGUAUAGGAAGCAUUGCUCGAGCCAUGAUUAUUUAGUGGACGGUGAAGCUAAUGAAGCAGAGCUUGGUCCCCCUGGACGAGUCUUCCAAAGUGGGCUGCCUGAAUCUAGCCCUGAUUUGAGGUUGUACUCUACGAAAGAGUAUCCGUUGAGGAAUCAAGCUUUGAGCUGUGGCAUCAAGGGAUACAUGGCUUUGCCCUUGUUUGACCUGCUCGGACAGGACUGUGUUGGGGUCCUGGAAUUUGUGGUGUUUUCUGCGGAAUACAUCAACAUUGUCAAUGAAGUUGAGGAAGGGCUAAAGACUGCAGAUCUAAGAUGGACUCUUAACAUCAACCAGCCAUGUUUGGAGGCCAGUCUCCUGCAGAAUGAAAAGGAUCGCGGAGGUCAGCAACUCGCACUGAAUGAAAUCAAGCAAAUGUUUGAAGUGUUGAAAAGAUCAGCACAACUACAUCUGGCACAAGCCUGGAUCACUAGCAUGAAUUCUCUUGAAGUCGAAAAUACUCCCAACUCGGGAACAAUCUUGAUGGAACGAGCUAUAUUCAAAGUGUUUGUGGACUAUGAAGACGACUAUAAUUCCCCCACGACACACUUCUUGAAGGCCUGUAAGCUCCAUAGCCUAAUUGUAGGAAAGGGAAUUGUUGGGAGAAUUUUAGCAACCUGUGAAUCAUUCUUUUGCCCGAGUGUUUCCAAUUUCAGCAUAACUGAGUAUCCCCUGGUUCAUUAUGCUCGAUCAGCAAGGUUAACAGUUUCUUUCGCAAUAUGUCUGCAAAGUAGUUUAACUGGAGAUGAUAUUUAUGUACUUGAGUUCUUUCUCCUUCCUGGAAGUAGUGAUGGAGGGUAUUCUUGGUCUUUUCUAUCCUUCCUUCUGACAAUAAUGGAGCGGCAACUUAACAGUUUUAAGGUUGCAACAGGACAAUUACUUGGCGAGGAAUUAUCUGUUAAGGCCAUAGAAUUUUGUAAAGAUAAUGGAUUUGACUCUUUUAAACUAGGCCACUCCGUUCCAUAUCCGCUGAAAUUUGAAACCUUGCAUUAUGGAGAGGAUAUGUCGAAGUUACGUUCAGUAUUUGGUCAUCUCAACUUCGGAUGUGAUGUUAUGGAUUGCAGUGUGGAACAGAACAGUAUGGCUGCAGAAAAAUCGAAAAGAGCUACUACAUUAAGGCCAUCCAAGAGAGAACGGGAAAGAACAAAUUUUCGUAUCUGUUAUGAGGAUCUGCGACCGUAUUUUGGGAAAUCUCUCAAAGAUGCUGAAAAAGGACUUGGUGUCAGCAGAUCGACGUUGAAGCGUGCAUGCAGAGACCAUAAUAUUACAAGGUGGCCAUCUAAUGAGAAAAACAAGGUUAAUCCGUCACUCUUUCUGACAAGGGCGGCAAACAAAAGUUCCCCUUGUCGUAAAGGACAGUUUUCCAGGUCCGAUUUUCAUCCAACUUCAGACUCCGGUUUCAUGAUCGUAGAGGCAGAUUUUGAAGGCGAUACCAUGAAGUUUAAGUUUCCAUUUUCAUCCGGGAUGGAAAAGCUUGAGGAAGAAGUGGCUAGGAGGUUGAAGUUGAAUGUGACAAGUUUCAGAAUGAAGUAUUUGGAUGGAGAAGGGAAGUGGAUUUUAUUAGCAUGCGACGAUGAUUUGCAGUUCUGUAUGGAGACAUUGGCGUCGUCAGGCAGUAAUGCAGUCAAGAUGUUGGUUCAAUCAAUAUAGUUCCUAGUUGUUUAUCACUUGUAUUACAAUCUUGGCUGUUCUAAGGUUGAGUCAUGUGUUUCUUUAACACAGUUGUUGUUCAAUGCUAUACUGUGUUUGUGCACAUGAAUUCUGCUUUGAUAAAUACAUGGUGCAUUGAAUUGGUA